CAUCAGGUCGAGGUGCUGCUCGACGGCCGCAGCGUCAUCUACCACGUGUACAAGCGGCCGUACGUCGACUACUUUCUGCGCAAGGUCGCGAGCUGGUACCACGUCGUCAUCUUCACUGCGUCGGUGCAAGAGUACGCCGAUCCGGUCAUCGACUGGCUGGACCAAGGGCGCGGCCUCAUCGGCGGCCGCAUGUUCCGCGAGGCUUGCACGUACCGCAACGGCUCGUACCUCAAGGACCUGGCGCUGGUGGACACGGACCUUUCGCGUGUCUGCCUCGUCGACAAUUCGCCGAUGAGCUACCUCAUCAAUCCAGCAAACGGCAUUCCGAUCGAAGGCUGGACCCACGAUCCGAACGACGAGUGUCUGCUGGACCUGCUGCCCGUGCUCGAUGCACUGCGCUUUGCGUCCGACGUGCGCAACGUGCUCUCCAUCCGCGGCUUUUGA